AUGAGACGCAGUUGUCGCGCCCCACCGCACAAACGCGCCCCACCGCCACCUGCAGCAGCAGCAACUGCCAUGUCGAAGCACGUGGCGCACGCGAUCCAGUCGCUGUGCCGACGACAGGCGCGCGUCGAGAGCGCACGGCGCCUGUUCUCGUCUGCACCUGCGCCAGGCACGCGAGUCGACAAGUUUGGGCCCGUCACUUGGAGCGGAUUGACACUAGCGGGCGUCGUGAGCAGUGGCGUCGUGUACUAUUACUACUCGGAGAAGGACCGGCUGCAGACCCAAUCUACGUCCAAGGUGACGUCUGUGGGCAAGCCACUGCUUGGUGGACCCUGGACGCUGGUGGACUGUGACACGAGACGUGCGGUCACAGACGCGUCGUUUCGUGGCAAAUACGCGCUGCUGUACUUUGGCUUCACGCACUGCCCCGAUAUCUGCCCCAAUGAGUUGGUGCGCAUUGGUGACGUGCUUGACCAGCUAGAGGCUGAUAAGUGUCCGGAAGUCGUGCCGCUGUUUGUGACGGUGGACCCGAGACGUGACACCAUCAAGCAAAUGCAGGUCUACAAGGCCGACUUCCACCCCAAGUUCAAGAUGCUCACUGGUACGCAAGAUCAGGUCGCUGACAUUGCGAAGGCUUAUCGCGUCUACUUUUCCAAGGCGGACGAGAACGACGAGGACGAGGACGACUACUUGGUGGACCACUCCAUUGUCAUGUACCUUGUCGGUCCCGACGGCGAGUUCCUCGACUUUUUCACGCAGGCUGCUCGUGUCGACGACAUUGUAGCGAAAAUCAAGACGUACAUCAAGGCGUAG